AUGCAGAGCUCUUCAAGCUGUACUUUGGCGCUCUCAUUGGCACGAAGCCCAAUUGGUCCCAGCCGAGAUGGCAUGGUUACUUUGUGCAACUUUGAUGGCUCCUAUGAUGAUGGGUUUGAGCAGUUGUCAGCUUUCUCAACUUCCAAGAGAGGAAGCUUCCUUCGUCAGAGGUUUUACCCGACGGAUUCAAGACUUGUCAGCAACGACUUGACUUGUGCAUCGACCUGCCCAAGUUGCCCAAGUCCAGAACAUGGCAAUCCGGCCGCUGCGGCACUGAGCUUCGGCCGCUGCGGCACCGGGCCACCUGAGUGA